CCGGCCGCGCUGCGCCCGAGCGCGCGGGGCGAAGGGACGGGGGCUCCCGGGAGCCGUGGCGCCGGCCCGGCGUGCGAGGAGGGCGUGGUGCCUUGGCCGACCUGCCCGGGGUCGAGAUUCAGCUUGGAAACGCGAAGAUUUACCCCCUCCCUCCCCCCCCGGUUCGUGAUGUGGGCGUAGGGUUACUUUUCGUAUUGACUUAGGAAAGCACGUGCUCUCCAAACUGGCUUUUGCGCUUUCCCUGUCAUCGUCAGUGAUUCCCUGUCAUCGUAAAUGAUGCGUGGCCGAAGCGACUGAAAUGUUUUAAAAGCCGGAUGCGCCCAGGAUGAUGUAGUCUUGUCAGUUUAAGUGGCUUUGGGGUAUAAUUUUGUGUGUGUGUAAGGACUUGCAAAAAAAAUUCCGGCAAGAGAUGUGUAAUGAAUUUAUGCAGGAUUUCAGCGUCAGUAUUGAAGUAAUCAGAUUUCAGUGGUUGGCGCAGCCUCGCAAGUAAAUGGCCCCUUAACCACGAGGUUGAGGUCUUAACUGUUCAUUUUGAGCCAGUUCUCUAGGAUCAGCUGACUGCUGAUUAUAAUUCGCACUAGACGCCGUAGAGGUUGUGUCCUUAGUUGAUAAGCAGAGAUUAGAGCUAACAUUUAACAUUCUACCCCGUAGCAAGUUUUCUCUGCUUCUUUUCGGAUCAUUCUGUUCAAAUUAAACUCACCUCUGUCUAGAUGAAUAGCAUUGUUUGGUCUUUAUUUCUAGUAGUAACACGUAUUAGCUUAUAUACAUUAUGUAUACAUAAUCAUGCUCUACAACUGUUUAGUAUGAUUACAAAGUUGGAAAAUUAGGAACAGUAAUACUGGGCAAUGUUGAGUAGUGGUUGUUUGCCAGACUUGUUUCAAAUCAUCUACACGCUUUAUCUCAUUUAAUCUUUGGGAUAACUUUUUGCAUAAACAUAGGUUACUCUUAAAUACUUGAGUACACGAGUUGGAUUUGAAUGUGUCCAAAUGGUGAAUAUAUAUUAAUUGCUUCUCUUUCUGUUUUUGUAAAACAAGGGUGUUGGCAAUAUAAAAUGACUGAGUAAAUGUGUUUUUCAAGUUGGAAGAUGGCUUUUCAAUUGCCUGAAAUUGCAAUUAGUCCCUUUAUUGGAGUAUUCAGUAGUUUCCAAAGCCCUGUGUCUUUUUUAUCAAAGUUCUCGUUACAUGGCAUUGUCACUCAAUCAACAGGCUGUGCUUGGACGUUCAGAAAAAGUAAAUGUUGGAAAGCCUUAAUUGCCCCUGGUAAAAGGUCUCCUCUUAACCUGUUUAGUCUCUUAGUGACAUUCCUAAUUAAGGGGUUAACAAAUGACAUACAGGAAGGGUGAUUUUCCAGUACCAGUCCAAGGGAGUAAAAAACAGUGGGUUGACUGUUACUUUGUUGAGUCUAACUUUCAUGGGUACACGAAGGUUAAGAAUGUUCUGUAACCUAUGUUGUAGGGGUUCUUACCUCAUAUUUCAGUUUGCCUUUGAAUGUCUUAAACAUAUUCGAGUCCAGUACUUUGUGCAUUAAGAAAUUUUUGACUGGAUUUAAUUGAGUAGUUUGGACAUCCUUAAGUUUUUUCUGGGUCUUCCCUGGCCGUCUAGUGGUUAAGAUGGUACUUCCCCUGCAGGGGGCGUGGUUUCCAUUGCUGGGCCGGCAAGUUGCACAGGGCAAAACCAAAAAAAAAGAAGAAAAGUUUAUUCUGUUUCCAGGGGCGAUGGUGGGAUCCAGCAGUGUGCAUCCUAUGAGAGUAGAAGUGGUUGAAAGGCCUGCGGAGGAUGAGGGAAGUGCUCAGAAACGUGUCUCAUUUGUGAUGAGAGCGUGUUGGACUUGACCCAUCUUUGUAUAGUGGUCCGCCAUCAGUAAGGGAUUGCUUUUGCCAGUUGAUAUUUAUAAGAGGUUCCUUUACCCGAAGGCAUCCUCUUCCGGGAGGAGAUGAGUGGAGGUUUGUCAUCAGUGGAAGGCUGUAGAAGACAAAGAUGCAAGUGUUAAUCCUUCCGCCCAUCGUGACUAACUGAUUCCUGCCACCACAUGCAUCUUCAGGCACUUCCCUGGGAGAUAUUUGAUGUCUGUGGGCAGGCCCUAGUAGAAGAGGGAAGGAAGGGAAAGAGUGGGAGGAGACAGCACAGGGCUUUAUGCACGGGCUUUCAUUUGGGCCUCCAUAGCCUCUGAAAACCUUUCCAAUAAUACUGACUGUGUGUGUCUGUAAACCUCGUAUAUGUUAUUUGUGUUCAGAAAUAAUAGAGAAUGUCUCUUUAAUGUGCUUCAUAAACAGUGGAGCAUAUUGAGAAUACAGAACAGGGAAAGUUGUUAACUUCUGUAUGUUUGCCAUUGUUGGAAGCUGGAGCGGCGGUAACGCCAGCCUUGGCUCCUGUCUGUGAGGCAUUGAAGCGGUGUUGUGUUCCAUCCGAGAGGAGAACACCCCUUCCUCCUUCCUUUAGAACUCAGCUGUCACGAGGAGUGAGUGCCCUUUUACGCCCUGCGGUGCUGGGGCUUCUUCUAGGUCCUUCGUGGCCAUAUCUCGGCCUGCGGAAGGUGUGCAGUGAAUGUGGGAUGACCAGGUAUGCUGGAAUCCGCUCUCUGUGCCCGCCUCUUGUGGAAGUCCCGCUCGCCUCCAGGGGCAGGGAGGGCCACUGCAGGCUCGCCCUCUCCAGGGCCCCAGCUCACGAGGAGCCCUUGGCAUUCAACCCUUUAUGGCUUUAUAUUGUUACAGCGGGAGUGUUUCCCUUUGUUUUGUUUCCCCACCCAAAACACAGGCUGCUCGAGGGCAGGGAAUACAUGUUUGUACAGGUCUGUGUUUGAGAACCUCCUCAUUCAUCCGGUAUAAUAAUCUAUACUGAGUAGGUUCAUUUUUACCUCUUAAGUGACUAGUAGGUGCCAUGGGGGAGCAUCAGAAAUACUCAAGAUGUGGUCCCAGGCCUCAAGUGAGUAGUAUCUUAUUUGGGCAAACAUUGUGUACACGUGUGGAACAGUAGAAGAAUUUGGAGUUACAUAAAGCAAAUAAUCGGAGAAGGCGAUGGCACCCCACUCCGGUACUCUUGCCUGGAAAAUCCCGUGGAUGGAGGAGCCUGGUAGGGUGCAGUCCAUGGAGCGACUUCCCUUUCACUUUUCACUUUCAUGCAUUGGAGAAGGAAAUGGCAACCCACUCCAGUGUUCUUGCCUGGAGAAUCCCAGGGACGGGGGAGCCUGGUGGGCUGCCAUCUAUGGGGCUGCACAGAGUUGAACACGACUGAAAUGACUUAGUAGCAGCAGCAAAGCAAAUAAUAAUAGCUACUAUCAGUGGAGUGCUUAGACUGUGCUUUUGCAUCUAGAUUUAUUUGACUCUCAAAACAAUCCUGUUAUCCCGUUAUAGCCCCACUUUUUACAUGGAGAAACUGAGGCAUAAAGAGAUUCAGCCACGUGCCUGAGAUCAUGAUGCAAGCAGUAGGCUAGCGAGACGGGAUGUGAACCCCAGGCAGCCUGGCUCUGGAAUCAGUGUGGAUUCUCCCCAGAGCUUUACUUUAUCAAAGAUAGGAGAGAGAGCUAGAACUUGACCCUAGUUUCUCAGCUGUACAAACUCUUUUACAGUUUCAAAGUGGCAUUCACAGUGGCAGUGACUCUCAGCUGCAGAAGCAAUGCCAGAUUUUCCAGGCAGAAGAGGUUGAUAAUGAAAUGGUUGAGGGGACUCUCUCUUUUGAUAUGACUGAAAGCACCAAGAAGAGAAACCGAAUUUUGCGUUUCAAAGCUGAGUGCGGAGUAGGACUCUCGCGUAGUAGACUCUUGUUGAAUUCUAGGACAGUGAUUCACAAGGACAAAGGGCCGUGACUGUUUAGGAUACUAAUUCAGUGUCUGCUCAUGUCAAAUAAAACAGUACUGAAUGAGCUUGUUACUACCAUUCUUUUUAAAAACACUUUUAAACCCCUAGGGAAUGUAACUUCCCAGGAUGGGAGUGUCACGGAAGGCUUCUGGCGCCCAUCUGUCCAGUUGCCUGGUCCUUACAUGAAAUCUUGACCCACUUCUUCAGCUUGUCUUGGACAAUCGAGCACACUCUUGGGGCCCGGAGGCCUCUUCCAACCAAGUCGUAUUUCUCUGGUGGAAAAAAAAAGAGUAAAACAGCACUGUUGGUUUGGUGUGAGACCUGGAGGGAGGUCACUCAGAAGCCACGUGGACCUGGAUGAGGGCUGGCAAACAGAGCCCAGCAAGAUAAAGGAAAACGGUAUUCUUCGAAAGCCCAGUUUUGUGUCCCUUUAGUUGGGAGACGACAGUGUUAUCCUGUGGGUGUUGGGCGCCGACAGAGUCCACUGAACCCACAUGACCCCGCCGAUAGGGAGCACCGCCAUUGGCCCUGGAGUCCGAGAAGGAGGUGCCCUGGAGCAGGCCUGGGCCUGGGCCUGGUUAGCAGCUCUGCAGGGCAUCUUACCUUGGAAGCAUCACAGUUUGGCUUCCACGUCUUCUCUGAGCUUAGAGAAUCCUUUUCUCACCAUGCCGUCAGUAGGGACAAAGAACCAGGAGGAGCCCUCACAGCUUCCCCAGAUCAGGAGGGAAAAUAUGGAAUGUGCUUUACCGCUGACUGAACACAACCCAAUGAACUGUCCUGACAGUAGCUUGAAAACCAGCAGUUAGCAGUUUGUGCAGCCCCAACAUCACCCGGCACUUUCCAGAGCAGACUCACUGUUUACAGAAACUCUCAGCCUCACGCCCCGUAGAACCUCAGGCUCGGCCGAUUUUAGAGAUUUCCGCACAAGAAAAGCACCCAGCGGCCCGCGUCCACAAUGGCGAUGGACGAGUACCUGUGGAUGGUCAUCUUGGGUUUCAUCAUAGCUUUUAUCUUGGCAUUUUCUGUGGGUGCCAAUGACGUUGCCAAUUCGUUUGGUACCGCCGUGGGCUCGGGCGUGGUGACCUUGAGGCAGGCCUGUAUCCUGGCUUCCAUCUUUGAAACCACUGGCUCGGUGUUGCUGGGGGCCAAAGUCGGAGAGACCAUCCGGAAGGGCAUCAUCGACGUGAACCUGUACAACAACACCGUGGAGACGCUCAUGGCCGGGGAGGUCAGUGCCAUGGUUGGCUCAGCUGUCUGGCAGCUCAUCGCAUCCUUCCUGAGGCUCCCAAUCUCGGGGACUCACUGUAUUGUCGGGGCCACCAUAGGGUUCUCCCUCGUCGCAAUUGGUACCCAAGGUGUGCAGUGGAUGGAGCUGGUCAAGAUUGUUGCUUCUUGGUUUAUAUCUCCACUGUUGUCUGGUUUCAUGUCUGGCGUGCUGUUUGUACUGAUCAGAAUGUUCAUCUUAAAAAAGGAGGACCCCGUUCCCAACGGCCUCCGGGCGCUUCCCGUAUUCUACGCUGCCACCAUCGCCAUCAAUGUCUUCUCCAUCAUGUACACCGGAGCCCCAGUGAUGGGCCUGGUCCUUCCCAUGUGGGCGAUCGCCCUCAUCUCCUUCGGGGUCGCGCUGCUGUUUGCCCUCUUCGUGUGGCUCUUUGUGUGUCCGUGGAUGCGGAGGAAGAUAACAGGCAAAUUACAAAAAGAAGGUGCUUUAUCGAGAGCCUCUGAUGAAAGUCUCAAUAAAAUUCAGGAAGUGGAGUCCCCAGUAUUUAAAGAGCUGCCAGGUGCCAAGGCUCACGACGACAGCACCGUCCCCCUCACGGGCUCAGCUGCGGAGCCCUCAGGGACCUCAGAAAGCAUGUCAGGGGGUCACCACCCCCGGGCCCCAUAUGGCCGGGCACUGUCCAUGACGCACGGCACCACCAAGUCGCCCGUGUCCAACGGGACCUUCGGCUUCGACGGCACGGCGCGGGCCGAUGGCCACGUGUACCACACGGUGCACAAGGACUCGGGGCUCUACAAGGACCUGCUACACCGCAUCCGCGAUGAGCGGCCGGCUGACGGGGCCCCGCGGCAGCUGCGGCGCAACAACAGCUACACGUGCUACACGGCGGCCAUCUGUGGACUGCCCGGCCUGGCCACACGCCGCGGCGACACGCCUGCGCCCGAGGACAGCGAGAAGCUGGUGGCCGACGCCGUGGCCUACUCGCGCCGCCGGCUGCGCUACGACAGCUACUCCAGCUACUGCAAUGCCGUGGCCGAGGCGGAGAUCGAGGCCGAGGAGGGUGGCGUCGAGGUCCGGCUGGCGCCCCCGCUGGCCGAGCCCGAGCCGCCGCGCGACGACCCAGUAGACGAGGAGAAGGAGGAGAAGGACUCCGCCGAGGUGCACCUACUCUUCCACUUCCUGCAGGUCCUCACCGCCUGCUUCGGCUCCUUCGCGCACGGAGGAAAUGACGUGAGUAAUGCCAUCGGGCCCCUGGUGGCUCUGUGGCUGAUUUAUGAACAAGGUGCGGUCCUACAAGAAGCCGCGACUCCUGUCUGGCUGCUGUUUUAUGGAGGGGUUGGAAUUUGUACGGGCCUCUGGGUGUGGGGGAGACGAGUGAUCCAGACCAUGGGGAAAGACCUCACCCCCAUCACGCCGUCCAGCGGCUUCACCAUCGAGCUGGCCUCGGCCUUCACCGUGGUCAUCGCCUCCAACAUCGGGCUGCCAGUCAGCACCACGCACUGCAAGGUGGGCUCGGUGGUGGCGGUGGGCUGGAUCCGCUCGCGGAAGGCCGUGGACUGGCGCCUCUUCCGCAACAUCUUCGUGGCGUGGUUCGUGACGGUGCCCGUGGCCGGGCUGUUCAGUGCUGCUAUCAUGGCUCUCCUCAUACACGGGAUCCUGCCGUUCGUGUGAUCGCUCCUCGGCGGCCAGCAAACGAGGGAUGGUCCGGGGCGUGUGCGUGGGUGGUGUGGGCUCACAAGCACACGCCGUGCCCACGCGCGGGCUGUCCCCCGGCCAGCGCCUCCACACCCCUCUCAGAUGUUCCAGACCACACUGUCCACCUAGGCGUAGAGUCAUCGUCCAGAGCUAACUUAACUACUGUACAUAAUACUGUGCGUUCAACUGGUAUCAUGGCGACAUAACAUGGUGCGGUUACUUAUACAUUAAAUAUAUAUUGUAUACAUAGAAUAAUAGCUAGUAUUAUUUCAGACAUGCUUGAGAUGGGAGUGGAGCUACCUGCCUAGAUUUCAAUAUUCAACAAAUCUUUGUACAUACCGAUUUCAGUGGCAGAUUUUAAGAACUUUUUAAAAGGAAAGUGUAGAUUGGAAGAUGGUGUUUUUUUCCCCGUUUAAUAUACUGUAAUGUAAGUGAGACACAGGAUGAAGGAGGCCUGUUUGGGAAGGUGUCCAUGUGCUGUUGACUCAUACUGGAACAGGAGUUCACAAGUGCUUUCACUGAAGAAUUUGUUCAUAUACUGUGUAUUGAUUAUGUAAUAUAUCAUGAAUUGCUUCUGUAAAUACUUAAAACUGUAAUUUUUUAAUGGUGUGCUCCCCUUAUACUUUUUUGAUCAGAGAAUUUUGGAAAGUACCAAAGAAGCAGCGGAAUAGUUUGCCAGUAUUAUAUUUUCAUACUGUUUGUGCCCCCCCCCCCGCCCCCACUUUCUCACUAAUCCCAGCAUUAACCCUGGGGGCGGCGAGACCACCACCUGGAGCAGGGUGUAUGGUGCGAUGCCAGCCCCCACCAUGGGCACGUCCCCCUUCCGGCCCCCCACUGCGGCCCGUGCCAGAUCCUGGCCCCUCGACGGUGUCAGCGUAGAGGAGGUACUGACGCGAGGAGGCGUGAGCGAGCGCUACACGUCAAGUCCAGGUUAAACUCCCGCCCCCUCCUCCCCUGCAGCCUGAAGAAUGGGGCUCUGACCUCAGUCAUGAGGCAAGUGCUCUGGCCUAGAAAUUCGGGAGUGGGGAGGGUUGGCCUGUUAGGCAAUACACUGGACUUGAGGACUGCCUUGAGGAGGCGGAGCAUCCUUCACGGAGCGGAGCAUCCCUGGUUGCUCUGCUGUGGUCCCCACUGGAGUCCUCUUUUUUUUUGAUAGCGGGAGGAAGUACGACUAAUGCAAGAGCCUGAAACUGUGGAAAUGCUGCUAAACUUUUAUAUUGACAAACACUUUCUCGGUACUUCAUUGUGAUUUUGCAUUAAUCAACCAUAUUAAAUUUAUAAUUAAAAAUGCCCCUCAAAA